UCGGAUUGAGUCUGUAGCUGGGUAGGUUUGAUCACAAAUUUCUAGUUUUUGUCAAUAAUUACAAGUAAACUGAAUUUCCUGCAGAGUGUAUCACUACAACUUCUGCUGACUGCACAGUUUAUGGUAGGCCUGCACCACUGACGCCAGCCCAGAGAGGAGUUGGAAGUAGGCCUACUCACCUGGGGUAGAGCUCCUGCUGUCAAGGCUCCCCUUGGGCGAUGACCCCCAGUUGGAACUGAUCUAACAUGGCUUAAGAGACCAGCUUGGUCACCAGAAAGUCUAAGGUGUGCAUGACACUCUUUGUGACAAUUCAGUGAUGGAGAGUGAAAACGACGAAAUAGAGGAGAAAGCCCGGGGCCUUGAGGAUUCCCAGGUUCACCCUAAGCAGGCCUUGGUCUACAAGUUAAGGAAUUUUUUAACGAAGGAACAGCUGAAUGAACUAAUACUGUUAUGAGUGGGACAUGUUGAUGGGAACGGCCAAGACAUUACAGACAUUGGCCAACUGAUGGAUGCCGUGGAGAGAAAUGGUGGAGACUUCAUGGAACUCCUGGUCAACAUCUCCAAAAGAGAAUUUGGAAGUCAAAUGAUGGAUUCCACUGGCGACACAUUCCGAACAUUAGUCCAGAAGUACAGUGAUGAGAUUAAAACAGCGAAAUUAAAAAGAGAGCUAAGCCUGUCACCGAAAGACGCCAACUUCGUGGGAAGGAUAAGAGAAAUGAAUGAAAUCCUGUGCUUUUUAAGGACUCAAAGCCCAACUGUAAGAGGUAUGAUAUGAAAUCUGAUCUCAAAUCAGUGUCAAGUUUAAACCCUAACCAAUUGUGUAAACAAGUACUGUUUGUUUUGUGUGUUACCUGUAGGUGUCUACAUUUGGGGAAACGCUGGGAUGGGCAAAACAGCUCUGGCUGAAGAAGUCUGCCACAGAAGUAAACUUGAAACCAUACUCAUCAACAACUUAAGGCGUAAGAAGUCGAUGAGAGAUUUCUUCUUGUCCAUAUUUUAUUCACUCUGUCGUUCCAAGAUGAUCAGACUCUCUAACGCCCAGAAAAUAAAUGAGGAAGUGAAAUUUACUGAGAACUUUGGACAGACAUUGGACACUUUGAUAGACCGAGUGGAGGAGACUCUACUGUCUUAUAAAACAGAUACAGUUCUUCUUCUUGACAACGUGGAUGAGAUUGAGCAGCACACAGGAGAAGAGUUUCUCACAGCCUUACAGACAUUUCUCAACAUCAAGACUGACAAGGUUAAGUUUGUGAUGACCAACAGACGAGAACUUAGCCUCCCAGCUAAUCCACAUCCAGAAACUUUGCUUCAAAUAGAGCUAAAAGCUUUGCCAAGAGAUGAGGCCAAACAGCUACUUAAGAACAGCAUGAAGGAAACACAACAUGUGAGGCUGAAAGAUUUACAAAGCAACUUUCUUGUCCAGAAAUGUCAGUGCUGCCCCCUGGUUAUUAAAACUGUGAUGAAAAACAUGCAGUCGUAUUCUGAUGAAGACUUCAGGCCUUGUCUGGAGGCAGUCUUUGACUCAUUGUCAAAAGGUCAACAGAAACGUUUGAUGGAGUUGUCCUUUUUUGAAACUGUGUUUAAUGAGGAGAUGGCCAAAUCUGUUAUCAUGGAAGAACAACCUUGCUUUGGACUUUCGAAGUUAGCGAAAGAAAACCUGCUUCAGAAACAUGAGAUACCUGGUGAAGCUGAAAAAAACAUCACAUAUUCAUUCCACCCACUUGUACUAGAUUGUUUGGCAAAAGUUUGUGCAAAGUACCCGGAUAGAAACUACACUGACCUCAAAGAUAAAGCCAGACUUCACUUUUUCGAGUUUUUUUCUGGUAAAAUUAGAUCAUUAAAACUGGAGUCAAAUUAUUAUUACAGAGGCAAUGAUUAUGCUUACAUAAUUGACUUCAAACCUUAUUUUGAUCAGUUUUUCCAAGUUCUUCAGGAGAAUGGUUAUCAAUUCCCAAAGAAUAAUGAAAAGAAAAGUGCUGCAUUAGAAACAUUGUGCAAAGUUUUAAGAUUCUCUUCUGACAGAGAGGAACAAAAGAUAUUCCUCAGAGAUCUGGAUCUCUCUUUGGAAAACAAAGACACUGAGGCAGAUGCUGUGGAGGAAUUUAAUGUUAAGGUUCGGAGAGUUAUCUUGCUGAGAGAAUUACAGGAUAAUGAAGCAGUUAACAUUUUGAUGAAGCUUGAUGAGAAAUCCAGUCAGAUUGAUCAACUGCCAAACAAAGAUUUUCCUUUGAAAAACUUUGCGCUUGGUCGAUAUUUUUAUGCCAAGGGUUUGAUUACCAUGGAUCAGACAGAACAAUGUCAUAAUCAAGAUGAACGAGAGAAAAGGCAUGACUUUGCCUUGGGGUGUUUCAGCAAAUCGUUGAAACAACUUGAACAUGUUGAAUCAAAAAGUCGUCUGAAAUCCCUUAAAGAAACAAUUGAAGUGGAAAUGGCAAAAGUACAUAAUGCUAAAGGGUCUAUCCACUACAGGAUGCAAGAUUAUGAAAAAUCAUUUUUUGAAUUUGAACAGGCAUACAGUUGCUUGUGUAAAUAUUUAAAGAAAAACCAUAUGAUCAAUGACGGGCAUAUAAAUGUCCCCUUUUACUUUUACAACAUGGGCAAUGCAAAAUUGAAAAUGGCUGCUGAAUUCAGAAGAAGAAAUGAGAAAGGUAGAGCAGAAUGCAGCUUGGAGGAUGCUCUGCAGUACAUGCAGAAGGCACUGGACAUAACAAAGAAGCUAGGUACUUCAGAUAAUAAGACAACAGUUUUGUGGCUGCUAAAUAUCGCUGAUGUCGAGAGACAACUGGCGGGUUACACAGAAGCCCUUGAAAAUUACAGAAAGGCCUCCAAUCAUGGCAAGCAUGCCUGGCGCAUUCUCAAGAAGCCACGCGUGCCACGUGAGCUGUUGGUGAACACACUGCAUACGCUGGGUUUUAUACAGUAUGCAAAAGGGAGGCAUCUUCAGAGACCAGAAGAUUCCUCACUGACAGAUGAUGCCAGGCAAGCAUUUGAGAAAUCAGCUCGAUACUACCGAUUGCUGAGCCUUGCAAUUGUCGAUGGAAAGCUCUGUCGUCGGAUAAACCGUAGGAUACGACAAAUCCAUCUCAAAGUUGUGGAGAUUCUGGAGGACAAAGAUUGGGAGAAAACUCAACGGUUUUACCAGGAUUUUCAUGAGGGUAAACUGGUUUGGGGUGAUGAAACAAGUCCUCAGGAAAGACUAUCAGAGGAUUACUAUCUGGUAAGUUCUGAUGAAGAAGAAGAAGAUCCUUCCGAAACAGCAACUCGUCCAAAGAAACAGGACAGCGGAUUUGAGGAUGUAGAAGUGGCUCCACCUCCGUCUGUAACAAGGCGAAGUGUGUUGGUGAAACAAGUCAGUUUUGAUGAGAGGACAGAGGGUCCAUUGGGGGAGCCCCAAACAACAUUGAGUACAACUCAGCAGGAGAAACCUCCUCUUGGGAACCUCCUGACUGAAGCUGAUGCUUCCAGUAUGCCACAAAAACGAGCACGGUUCCAGAAGCAAAGCAGUUUCAAUGUUGAAAAUGAAGAGCUGUCAGUAACAGAAGAUGGUAAGCAUCAAACGGAAGAGGAACACAGCAUUGACAAUGGAGAUGUAGAAUUGCCUAGCUUUAAUGAAGCUAACCCUAGAAAGAGACUUGAUUCAGCGCAACAUGACAGCACUUUGGGGGACAGCAUCUCUGAGUCAUUUGAUCGAACUCCUAGCCUUUGCUAACAUUUGAUCAAACCCCUAGCCUUUGCUAACAUUUGAUCAAACCCUAGCCUUUGCUAACAUUUGAUCUUACCCCUAGUCUUUGCUAACAUUUGAUCAACAGUGUAUAUCUGCAGUUUCUCCAAAUUUUCACUAAAUAGUGAAAAAGGAACACAUUUCCACCAAGGUUACCUGUAUGCAGAAAAAUGCAGUGUCCGACGACUUGAAAGCAUGGUUACGUCAAAUGGUUAGAUCAGAAAAUGUACAGUAUGUCAUGUCACCAACAUGGAUCAGUACAGCUCAUGAGCAAUUGUUACACAGAAAUAAUGCACAGCUAUUUGUACAUGUACCCAGAAACUGGCCUGGAAACUUAAAUGAAAUACAUGGACAUAUAAAUUAAUGAAUUUUAUGUCGCAUGUGAUAAACUUACAUGUAUACGUACUGCAAAUGAUCGGACCAAAAUUUGAAAAUAUUUUAACAAUUAUUUUCAUGUGUUACUUAUAUAUUACUGUAGAACACAUGUAUAUAGUGUUUGGAUUGUAUUGCAAUGUGGACCAAGUCUUGUUGACAGAGCGAGUUGAUGUUUUGUUACAUUGUAAUUAUAUUUUUUGAAAAUGUUCUGCAAGGUGAAUGGUUUUAUUAAACAUUGUUAUGUUUUUAUGCCAUGAUAUGUGGUUACAUUUAAAAUUGAAAUUCAUUUCAUAAUUUGGUUUUUUUUUUACUUCACCUGUACACAGUACAGUGGCAACUUGAAGUAAGUGAUAGGUGUUUUUACUACAUAUUACAUACUGCAUAUUCACAGAUAUUACCUUACUUUCGAGAUAACAUUUUCUAACUUUAAGAGUUGGAAAUAUGUGGAUAUCAUUAUUAUGCUAAUUACAUAAUUUGAAAUGUAUAAAUUAUUCAUUCAGGUUGUAAUGUAUUCAUUAAUAAGGUUAAAUGUAUCUCAAGAAACAUUUGAUGUAUUGAGCUCAAGUUUUGGAUACCUGUUAUUGUAAAGCGGAGUGACAAGACAGUCAUAUUCGAUCAUUGAUACCCUGUUGUGCAUAUUUAUCAAUGUCACAUCUCCUAGAGAUCUGUAGUUGUAUACAAGAUCUCUUUUUGUUUGUUAUUUUUUUUUUUUUGGUUUCCAUCUUAUAUUUAAUGUUUUGGAGACUUAACGGAUCAGGUGUGUUUAUUGCACAUAUAUUUAUAUCACAUGUACUUACUUAUUUAAUGGGGUGUUCAAUAUUUCAGAUGAAGUAUUGUAUCUUUUAUUGAAUGUUUUGGUGACUUAUAGGAUUAACUGUAUCUGUUAUGACUUCGCUUUAUACAUGUAUUUCAUGUAUUUAUUUGUUUUUUGAAAUUUCACUAUGAAAGUGACCAGGUGUAGGGACGGAAAAAACUGUGCAGAGCCUGGAAGAAAACACCACACCUAGCAAAAUAACAAUGACAAAUCUGCUAACUUAAGGCUGCACACAAACCAACUUACCUGGUUUACACCUGGUUGGCUGCAUGUCCAGAUAUUUUGUGACAGUCACAGCUGAUUAGGGCGGUUGAUGUAUUCCUACAGAUGUACAUGUAUGUUAUUACAAUUUAUUACAAAUGUUCGUUGUUAAUGUAGCUGAUUCCCUUGUUUUUUAUGCUUUAUAAAUGUAGCUUUCCCAGAUGUUUCACUGAAACAUUGAGAUUUGUUUAGCUAGUAAACAUAUAGGUAUAUAUCAUUCUGAAAACUGUGGGCACUCACUUAAAUACUGAGGUUUCUGACGAAGAAACAGCCCUUCAUCUUUCUCUGUUUUCUGUUUGAUAUUUUCUUCUUUUUUUUUUUCCUUUUGGAUUUUUAGAAUUCCACAAUUUUAGGUCAUUACUGCACAUUGGAAGUUGUUCAAAGAAUAUCUUUUAUUACACAUGUUUUAUGUGGUUUCAUAUAUGAAUUUUUUUAAGCAGCCGUUUUGUUUCGAUGUUGAAGGUUUGGAGAAAAUUGAAGACGUCCCCGUCUCAGUUAUGUGUUUAGCAUUAUUUUACACAUUGGUGUUAUUAAAUAUCACAUAUUUUA